CAGCCAAUGGAGACGCGAGAAGAUGGCGGCCAAUGAGCACGGAGGAAGCGCGAGACACGUGAGUAGGGGAGCCCAGCCCGAGACCAAGGGCUAAAGCUGAGACUGAAGCAUGCAGACCACCGGGGCCCUGCGCUUGUCUCCGGCGCUGAUCCGCUGUUGUACCCGGGGUCUGAUCAGGCCCGCCUCUGCCUCCUUCCUGAGCCGGCCCCAGGACCCACCUAAAUCGCCCUCCAGCAGCGCCCCCCAACUCCAGGUGGCCAGGCGGGACUUCCAGACCAGCGUUGUCUCCCGGGACAUUGACACAGCGGCCAAGUUUAUUGGCGCCGGGGCUGCCACGGUUGGCGUGGCUGGAUCUGGGGCUGGCAUUGGGACCGUGUUUGGCAGCUUGAUCAUCGGCUAUGCCAGGAACCCGUCUCUCAAGCAGCAGCUCUUCUCCUAUGCCAUCCUGGGCUUCGCUCUGUCCGAGGCCAUGGGGCUCUUCUGUCUGAUGGUCGCUUUCCUCAUCCUCUUCGCCAUGUGAGCGCCUCGGAGUGUCCCCUUCCCCUGUGCCUGGUGCUGGGCCCCGAGCUGUACCAUUAAACAACGUUUCUCUAA